GACUAGGAAUUAGGAAAUGGAAGAUGUGCCGGAGGCUCGGGAUUCCCGCGCCCGGGACCGACCGAGGGAUCGAGACCACCGCCCCGAGCGACACAGAGACCGAGACCACCGCGACCACCGCCCAGAGAGACAGCGGGACAGAGAUCGCGGCCCGGAGAGACAGCGGGACAGAGUUCCCGGCCCGGAGGGACAGCGGGACAGAGACAGACGGCGGGACCGAAACGGGGACAGACCUAGAGACCGGGACAGGCGGGGCGACCGAGAUCCGGAUAGAAGAGGGGACAGAGAUCGGGACCGGCGGGAGAACAGAGACUGGGACAGGCGGGGGGACCGAGAUGGGGACCGGCGCAGCGAGCGAGACUACCGCCUGGACAGGCAGGACUGGGAGCACCCCCGUUCGAAUGGACAAAGGGGUCGAGAAAAAUCUCGCCAAAGCAGGACCCAGGAUGUACCUUGGGAGCCAUCCGCAGAUAGAGCCCCUCCCCCCUGGUCUGCCCCGGGGGAAAUGCGAGAUCCUUGGGCCCAGAGAAAUGCGGGGUUCGGCCGGCCGGAGAGUGACUAUCCUUCCCGGAGAUCUCAGCCCUUUAGCCCAAGGCCUGGAUUGGAAGAGGUGGAAUACUACGAGUCUGAGGCCGCAGGGCUCCUGGAAUGCCACAAAUGCAGAUACCUGUGCACCGGGAGAGCCUGCUGCCAACUGAUGAAGGUCCUGCUGAAUUUGCUGAUUCUGGCCUGUAGCUCUGUGUCUUACAACUCGAUCGGGGGCUACACGGGGAUCACCAGCCUUGGGGGUAUUUACUACUACCAAUAUGGAGGAGCCUUCAGUGGUUUUGAUGGUCCUGAUGGGGAGAAGGCCCAGCGGUUGGACAUCCAGUUCUACCAGCUCACGCUGCCCACAGUGACGGCAGCGAUGGCUGUUGGAGGGGGUCUCAUGGCCUUCUCCUGCCUCCUUAUUCUCUUGGGUGUCCUUCGGGUCCCAUGGCACUGCCCGCUGUGGCUGGUGAUUGAAGCCCUUUUGGAUACGCUCAUCUCUAUCGGCUACAUCCCGGCUUUGUAUUUCUAUUUCCACCACCUCUCGGCAGCCUACAGUUCUCCUCUGUGUAAAGAGAGGGAGACCUUGUACCAGAGCAAAGGCUACAGUGGUUUCACUUGUAGCUUCCACGGCGGAGACAUAGGGGCUGGGCUUUUUGCUGCCAUUGGAGUCAUUGUCUUUGCUGUGGGGGCUGUUCUAGCCUUCAGGGCGUACAGAAGAAUCCGAAAGCCUGAAGGGAAGCCGACAGUGACAUAUGAAUUAUAGUCUUUCAUCAGCUGCUGCUAGAUCUCAAAAACCUCUUCGUCUUAUUUGGGAACAAGCUAUCUGUGGAUGGGUAGAAACAGCCUUCCAUGGUGAGACUGUUACACGGUGGAGAAUGUAACAAAUUUUGAAUUCUCUUUCCUUAGAAAAAUUUCCUUAGGAAUCAUUGCAAACCAAGACCUGCAGAGGUCUGAACUAGAGUAAUAUAGAAUAGUUGGGGAACUUCUUUGAACUUGGCUUUUUUUGUGUUGAGUAGAAGCCAGAUUUGUUGGCACAAUUGUACCCAAUGUCUUCCAAACACAACCCAUAAGCUGAGGAAACAGGAAUUCCUUAUUCCUCCUCUACUCUGCCAUAACUUUCCAGUACCUCUUUGCAGUCUUAAGUAGUAAGACAGAUGACUUCUAUUAGAUUUUUAUUAAAAGAAUAACAUUAGCUGGAAGUGGGGAGUAAGAUAGGGAGAGAGGCACCUUGAACUAUAAUAAACAAAUUGGAUUGCUGACAAAUUAAUCCUAGAAGCCUUUCAUUUUGGAGUUCCAGCUAGUGUUUCUGAGCCAACAUUGCCAUUCAUUAUUCCAUCUAAUGUGAAUGUGCUUUAUGUGAGAAAGCUUAAGGUAAUAAUGGAAAUUCAGGUACAAACUUGACAUAGUGUCCCAGCAGGGAAAGUCCAAAGCAAAGCCUCCUUUGAUCUAAAGUGAUUCUGUGACCUUACUGUACCUUGUCACAUUCUUUGCACAUUUUCUCUAAGCAAAUUCAAUUAUUAAAAAUCCAUUUUUGCAUAAAACAUAAGUUGGUGUCGGAGUUGUAAACUCUUCACUUUACAUAGAAUUCCUUUAAUUGUACGUUGCCAAGAAAUUUAUUAAGAAUAUAACUGGAUUAAUGUACUUAUUUUUUAAAGGAAGGUGGUAAGUGAAAGGUUAGGCCACUAAGGGGCACUGUAGUGGUUAGAACACCAGACCUGGAGUCAGGACCUGACUCAUCUUCCUAAAUUCAAAUCUAGCCAGUUGUGUGAGCCUGAGCAAGUUACUUCAUCCCAUUUGUCUGUUUCCUUAUCAUAAAGUGAGCUGGAGAAGGAAGGACAAACCUCUCCAGUAUCUUUGCCAGGAAAACCCCAGAUGGGAUUAGAGUUAGACACAACUGAACAACAACAAAUAUAAAAGGAAAGCGCCCCAUUAAAUGCAGAAUCCUUCCCAUCGCUCUGUUCUGGGUCCUACACUCUCUAAAGCUACUAAAGCAAGUCCGGCUCUUUUCCCUCAGUAUAUUCUCCUUGGUUUAACCAAUGGUGUCUUCAGAGUUGGUUCAGCUGACCUUGAAAGUUAAGCGGGAUGGGGGUUGGUUGGGUGACUACUGGGAAGGCUAGGGGUGGUUAUAGGAACCCAGCCUCCCAUGAGGCUGGUGCUGGGGAAUCAUUCCAUUUUGGGGUCUACUUGAAAGUUGGGUUGAUUGCUGCUGGAUAUUUAAAUGAAAUCAAUGGCCUGAAUGUAGAAAACAAACAUGCAGAUUUGGAGCUUUAAGGGACUUCAGUUGUCAUCUAGGUUUUCAUUCAAAUGCACCAAGAUCUGGGAAGGUUACUUGAUUUGCUUGUCAAGGUCAUCCAGCUAAUAGGUGAGAGAUGGGAUUUGAACUCCGUUCCUCCAGACAAGAAAGCAUGGCUCUUGCUGCAAAGUUGGUAGCACGUGUGAUUGGGGACAUUGAAUUUGUAUGUCAAUUAAUAAUGUUAGGGAAGUUCUAUGUUUAAAUAGCAGUGGGUUUUAGGUGACCAUAUUUUAUAGUACCUUAGUUCUCUGUCAUGGCUAAUAAUUUAUAGUCAUGUACUUUUGAUUCUGGCUUUGAAGCCACACCUCUGGAAUUACUACAGAAAGGAGUCCACAGAUCAAUAUUUAAAUCCCAGCAUUAUUAACAGGUUUUAUUUUUGUUCAGCUACCAAAUGUGAAUGAUUCACAAAAAUAAAUAAAUCUAUCUUUUGUACACUGA